AUGCCGCUUUCAACACUUCUUUUAGGGAUUUCUUACGCCGCAGCUGUGUCUGCCUCGGUCUCGAGACAGAUUCAGUUGGGAAAACAUGAAUACUUUGUUCCUCCUACACCAGCAUGGAAGUUGGACUCUUGGAACGUCUCGGCUGAGCACGACGAGUUUACGCCUCUUACUGUGGUGAAGCUGAAUGGGACUGCGAAUGUGGCUCGUGUUUCUUCUAUUUUGAAGCAGUACGAGGAUGACGAUGUGUGGACGAAGGCUUUUGCUCAGGCUAUAUAUGUUCAAUCGGAUUCGAAGAAGUUGUCAGAGUUCAAGUCCGACAAAUUCAAUGUCUCGGAAGUCUAUACUGGGAAAGAUAAAGUCCCUGCUGGACCAUACUUUGUUCAUCGUUACACCGGCGAUGUCUACCAAGCAUACCGCCUCUACGUUGAUACAGACCAAGCAUUCAUCCAGUCCACAUACCAAGACCCCUCUGGAACCCAUCAUCCCCUCCGCGCUGCCGCCCUCUCCGCUGGUGGUCUCACCGUAGCCGUUCCAUCACGCCUAUACUUCACUCCAAGCAAGGCAAAGCCCCUUGCAGGCCUUCGAAUCGCCAUCAAGGACCUUUACGACCUCAAAGGUGUCAAGACAAGCGGUGGUAACAGAGCUCUGUACGAGAUGAGCAAAGUCAAGACCAAGACCGCCGUCAGCGUCCAGACGCUUAUCGACGCUGGCGCUGUUGUCAUUGGAAAGAAUAAGCUCUCUGAGUUUGCCUUUGCGGGCCCUUAUGUGACUGAGCAUAUCGAUUAUCUCCUCCCGUUCAACCCUCGCGGGGAUGGUUACAACUCACCCGGCGACAGCUCUGGAGGUUCUGCUGCAUCCAUUGCUUCCUACGAUUGGCUCGAUGCCAGUAUGGGCAGUGAUACCGGAGGAAGUAUUCGUGGACCUGCAGCUCAGAAUGCUAUCCAUGGAAAUAGACCUUCACAGGACGCUGUUAAUCUUACAGGCGCCCUUCCUCUUUCGUCAGCAAUGGAUACUUCCGGUAUUCUUGCUCGGGAUCCAGUAAUCUGGUCCAAGGUCAACCGGGUGCUGUACGCUGACACAACGGAAGAGUACUCUGAGCUACCAUCUGAAAUUCUCUUUGACGUGGGUAGUCAGCAGACUCUCUCCCAGCUUAAGGAUGAGUAUCCAAAGGCAGCAAAGGCAGUGGUCGAUUUCUUGAACAGCCUGUCCAGUCUACUAUCAGUCAACGCCACAGUCUUCUCUGCCGAUGAUGCCUGGAGCAAUUCCACACCAAAGGAUUUCGGGGACUUGCCCAUCACCACUGUCGUGAACAGUGUUUACGGUAACUUGACACAAUAUGAGCAGUGGGAUGAGUUCGGCAGGGACUAUGUGGAGGAAUACAUGAGUUCCCACGAUGGCGCGUUCCCUCACAUGGUCCCCGGCACGCGUGAGGGAUGGUUAAAUGCCAACGAGACAAUGACCAAAGAGACACAUGAAGAUGAUCUGGCGUACAAGAAAGGCGUCGAGGAUUGGGUUUCUAGCAAUCUUCUAACUGCAGACAACAAGACUUGCUCAAACGCUGUGUACGUCUAUAUGUCAUACAGCAACCCAUCCUACAAGCCGGAUGUUUCUCAAGAUGGUUCAAAUCCAUACAUCCGACAAAUUCUUGACACCACCUCGCAGCAGGAGUCUUUGAUCAUGCAGCUCAACGCCACAGUCAACUGCAACUCCACCCUUGGAUCUGAAGAGGCAUGCGAAGAGUCACAGCAGGCACUAGACUCUGGUAGCAGCGACGUGCCAGACCCUGUAUCACUCGCCAGAUUGGCUUCUGUGGCAGGAAUCCCAGAUUACUCCAUCUCGUUGGGCAUGUUUGACCUCGGGGUGUACUCCAACUCGACUCUCCAGAACGAGACGGUGCCUGUGUCUGUUAAUAUCAUGUCGGGUAGGGGGUGUGAUUUUGUGAUUCUGGAUAUCAUCGAGGCCCUACACAAGAAGGGUGUUAUUAAGACGGCCAAGACUGGAAAGAGCCCUUAG